UUUCACGAUAAAAGUUGCUUAAUGCUAUUAAUAUAUAUAGCAUACAAUGUUAUUCGAGACAACCAAUUAUAUAUCAUCUCGAAAAAGCAGCAACAAUAUUUGCGAUAAUCGACUUUGCCUCUUUAGAAAGGGAAAAAAUAUGUCAACGUCAAAGGAUGUGUAUUGUGUGUUAAUUUAAAUAUUUCUACGAAAAAUUAUAAAAUAUGUGCGAUUUUGAAGAAAUGACAAGAAGAUUUUUAACCAUUCCUCCGGAUUUUGUGCCUUAUAUGGAGAAGCAUAGAUUAUACGAAUUCUUUUAUGAAUUAGUGACACAAUUAUUGAUCCAACAACCCGAGGAUCCAAUAGUGUUUAUGAAACAAUGCAUUCAACAUGCUAUACGAAAACGAGAUAUUCCCAGAAUCAUCCUUAUAGCUCCUCCAAAUUUUGGUAAAAUUCGCAUAAUUAAACAUAUACCAAGAAACAAAAAGGAAGCACGUGCAAUGCAACGUGUUGGCGUGAUACCUACACACGUAAUACAAAUUAUUCCAUCAAAUUUAGAGGACGAAAUGCAAAGUAUACUUACUAUAUUUUUGAAGCCCAAAAGUCAACCUGAAGUUAAAGCUGGUGUUAAGACAAUUCAAGAACUAGGCAAAGAUUGCGUAAAAUUAACGAAAAUUAGGAAACAUUAUAGGGCACCAUCGCUCUUUCGCAUUGUUCUUAUAGGUUCUCGAGAAUCAGGUCAUCACUCUUUGGCAAAGCAUAUAUCUGAGAGAUUUAAUCUCGUUCAUGUUGAUUUUAAUUAUAUUCUGGAGCAAGCAUGUUCGCAAGAAAUAGCUUUAGGUGAAAUGUUGCGAUUAUGUGAACAUAGAUGCGGACAUAAAUUAAAAGCAGAAGCGAGAAUACAAAUUGUUGAGCAAUACGUCCUCGGAUCCGAAUGUCUUAAAAAGGGAUGGAUUUUAACCGAUUAUCCUAAAACUAUAGAGGAAUUCAAACUUAUGGAUAUGAUAUCUACGCCACCCAAUAGAGUAAUCAUUCUCAAAAUGGACACACAAAAGUGCAGAGAAAGACUCUUAAAUCGUCAAUUUAAUGUCAUCACUGGAAUUGAAUAUAAUCUUGCGUUGUGUGAAUCUUUAAUAGAUUCAGACUGUAAAUUGGAUGUUUAUUCCAAAGAUUACAAGGAUAUCGUUGAACAAGAUCUUUGGGAGUACGAACAGAAUAUAGAAGCUAUAAUGCGAUAUGCAGGGGAAACUGCAUCCGUAAUAGAUGCGAUGGAUGAGAAAAAAUGUGUGAGAGAAAAUAUAGAAGCAUGUCUAAUGCGACCAGCACCGAUUGCGAAACCUAGAAUUCCACAACCACCAUCUAUAAUUGAUCCCAUGGAUAUAGAAUUCGAUCCUGAUGAUGAACCCGAUCCAAAAAUCUUCGACGACAUACGCGCACCGGAGCCUAAAUAUUCUUUUAUAUAA